AUGCAAUUUUCCUACUUCCGCAUUCUACUCAUCUUUCUCCUCACUCUAGCCUCUGUUGGGGCCAAAAGAAAGAGAAAGACGAUAAUGAAUGAGGAUGAUAGUGACAGUGAGAUACUUCGAAAACAGAUCCGCAUAGGCACACGCACAUACGCACGACGGCACUGCAAGGAAAGCUGUCACCUGUCUCACUUCCUCAUACGAUUGGCCCAAUUCACACCCGCCGUCUGCUGCGUGUGGUCCACGCACGCACGCGUGCACAUUACCUCCUUAUGCAUUCGUGUCACUCGUGACCAUUCGUCGCUGGCUGCGCUCUGUCGCGUUAAUCGUGCACUCACGCACCCAUGCAUCUACGCUGUAUGCACGCGCAAGCGCGUUUGCGCUGGCCGAGUUCGUGGGACACACGCGCGCACAAGACACCUUAGCCGGACCCCUGAAGGUGCUGAAAUGCGACAACAGGAAGAGAUGAACCCUACCUCGGCCACCACCACUCUCGGUAGCAACGGACUCCUGGGUAUGAAUCUCCAGUCCCCUUGGAAUUCGGCCGCAUACACGCACUCACAGACGCACACAGCUUGUGAACAGUUCGGUCCACUGGUCGGCGAUGAUGGCGAUGAUGAUACAAUCAACGAUCACACAGUUGGAAGGUCAUCUGGCCUUCGCUUCCCCCCUCCACUACCUUUGAAUCCCACCACUUUCUUUCCCUCGCUCCCUCUUCACCUCUAA